AUGCAGAGUAUCGCCCAGAAGAAUGUCUUGAGCGUAGAGGCGAAAUCUACGAAGGAAGACACCUGUAAAGAUAAAUUUCAGAAGAGACCUACACUGGACAGAAUGUUCGCUUCGACGUCACAAAGAAAUGAUGAUCGUUUGCGGGCGUCUUACAAUAUCUCGUUACUUAUAGCAAAAUCCGGAAAACCGCAUACUAUCGGAGAGAAGUUAAUUUUGCCAGCCGUUGAAGAUGUUUUAAAAACUGUUUUACACAAACCUGCAUCUGAUAUCAUUAAACGAAUUCCCUUAAGCAACAAUACUGUUGAAAGACGUAUUGAUGAAAUGAGUUCUGAUAUUGAAAGCUUCUUAUGUAAUUAUUUGCAAACGACCCAUUUCUCUGUACAACUGAACGAGUCAACUUUACCUGAUAAUGCAGCAUUAUUAUUGGCAUAUGUUCGUUUUAUUAUGAAUCAAGAAAUCUACGAAGAACUGCUCUUCGCAAGAACUUUGAUAGCCGACACCAAAGAUGAAUCAAUAUUUCAUGUCUUGAAGGAUUACUUCAUUGAAAAAGCUAUUCCUUUAUCAAAUAUAAUAUCAUCUACAGAUGGAGCACCUGCCAUGUCCUACCUUAACUGCAAAGGGUCUAUUGGUCUGGGUGAAUUCGAUACUACCUGCAAAUUCUGGGACACAUUUUGUAUACAAUAA